AUUGUUCUAAGAUUCAUCGUGUUUGGACUCAAGUUUAUUAUUUGCACAAGAUGUUAUCCACUUUGAUGAUAUGUUUUUGAAUCUGUUUUAGACGCAGAAGUUGAAAACCAGCGAAGAAAAGAAGAGAAAACAACCGCGUCGGCCUCAUGACCACAGGCAGAAAUAUUACGAGAAAGCGAUCAAAGCUGGAGAACCGAUAAUGCAGCAGUAUGUGUAUGAUGACCGCAUGCAGUAUGGGUCAAAGCCCGGCGAAGACAUUUCACCACAUCUUAUGGACGGUUCUCGUACAAAAUAUUCAGAGUAUAUUCAUGUGCAAGAGGCUGUGAAUGCAAACGUUUAUGUUCCCAACAACUUGGUUGUCGGCGCGCCCAGUAGUCUUGCGGCAUUCGGCGAAAACUUAACCAGUGUCAAGCAUGGAACUGCAGCGCCUCCCACUGAAACCGACCAGUCAGGCAUCAGGAGAAACUUUCCGCCCUUCACUUCAUCCUCUGGUUACUCUCAUCCGGUAAAAGACAGGCAUACUUACGCGGAAACUGCAUUCGUGGAUCGACAAUUCCUGCCACAACAGCCGUCGAAAUAUGACAAAGCUGAGGAUGGCGUUUACGAAAAUGAACUUACGGCAAAGGUCACUAGGUGGAGUUUGAAGCAUGAAGGAUACCGUUUGGCCCCUGUUAAUGUUCAUGCUGGAAACCAGACACCCUCAUCUGUUAAUGCAUAUGAAGAUCAACGCGAAAAGUCACUCUCGCCUGAGUUGCCUCCUCCUCCGCCACCUUUGUUGUCGACAGAGAUGACGAACUUAAUGAAUGCUCACAUUACGGCGCCGCCGGUUGUUCCACCAUCUGUACUGCCGAUAUCUCCGUAUUCAAAGUCCGUAAACGACCCUCCGCCACCUCCCCCGCCUCCAGUUAUCUUGCCUAUUAACGGAACAGGUGGAGACGAAUCGGCUGGUAACUCUGCCGCAAACGACGGCAGUAAACUUAUGUCUGACAAAAAGCCUGAAGACAGCGUCAUUGAUGUGAGAUCGGACUUGUUGAAAGCCAUUCGCGAGGGUAUUCAACUGAAGAAGGUGGGGCGACAACAGGAGCAAGAACGUGAGAAAGACGUGCUGAACUAUGGCCAUGACGUGGCUGCGAUCCUUAAACGACGUAUGGAGGACGUGAUGGGUAGAUCAGAGUCGGACAGUUCAGUUUCAGACGGAGAAGUUGAUUGGGAUGAUUAG